GACGGUUACAUUCGCGUUCCCUCGUCCAUCAGCUCGCAGUUGUCAGCUGCACAAUGGCGACGUUAGUUCGUAUUCGUUCUUUCUGCUGCCGCCGUCGUUUCUGAGCGGUGGGCCGGCCCAAACGUUGGACCGUCCGUUGCGUGGAUACCACGAGUCUCUCUCGCGCACGCUCUCUCUUUUUGUCUCUCUCUUUCUCUCUCUCUCUCUCUCUCUCUCUCUCUCUCUUUCUGUCUCUCUUAAGUCUCGUCCUCGAGAGCUCAUCGCGGAGACAAGUAUCAACGGCCGCGUUUCGGAAACGAAAGCAGCGAACCGGCGCAUCGCGUCUACGUCGACGUGACGCAGAAGCCGUCGAGAAGUGAGCCAAGAAGACAAGGAGAAAGAGGAAGAAGAAGAAGAAGACUCUGAGGUCGAUCGUAGCGAUUAAGCUCGAUCGCGGUGCCGCUCGCGGACGUCCAAUCGUCUUAACCAACCUACUUACCCCACCGAUUCAGGAACGACGCACGGCGACAAUUACGAAGGAAAAUAAAAACACGAAGGAUCAGCUCUUGUAGAGAGCGACCGACUGAUAACGCACGAAGAUCUCUCUCCGUCCAAGGACCCGGUGCAGCGACACUGCGAAACGACACUGCACGGGUCAACAAAAGUACAAGUGAUAUUUGUAACUAAUAGUUAACGCGUUUAGAGCUUAGAGGAGCCGAGGCCGUUCUUGCGAAACUCCCUACGCUUUGUAUAUACAAAUGCCGGAUACUCGAGCCGCAGUAUUCAGUGCUAAGUCCAAGUGACGCGAAGUGUGUUCAACGCAUCUCUCACUACGAUCCAGCGUGGACCAGGACACGAUACAGGACGUCCAGAGUAACGGCUGCAUUCGACAGUGACACACCGAGUGUGUACGUGUGCGUGCGUGUGCGUGCGUAUCUGUGUAUGCGCGCAACAUGAGAGUGGCCAGGCAACAUCCAUUGCAUCUGCAAGUAUCGACCCGCAUCAACAAUGGCAAGUUCUUGGUCGGUAUCAAUAAUAGUCAAGACGUUGUCCAUCAGCAGCCGUCACCGCAGCAACAGCAGCAUUCGACCAGCGACGAGAGCAGUGCGGUGGUUCCAGGCUGCGUCUUUCCGAGCUGCGAGUCGGUGCCCACCGACCUUCAUGGGAGCCCAACUAUACUGGGGGAUCGAUUCCUGCUUCUUGGUCCGGCCGAAGGUAGCGCUCUUUAUCGAUGCGUCGACGUGCACAACGACCAGCAACUUGUCGCCAAGGCGUUGACCGUGGGCGACAAAGGUUGCGAGGCGUUACUGCAGGCCCACCUUCGUCUGGAGGGCACCGGCGCGGCGAGCGGCGUGGCCGGUGUAGUGGAGGCCGGUGUACCUGGAGGCCGGCGUUAUCUCCUCUUGGAGGGCCAUCACGGUGACCUGCACGCCUACGUAAGGGCACGCAGGAGAUUGCGCGAGCCUGAAGCAAGGCGGCUCUUCCGGCAGGCGGCCAGGGCCGUGGCCACGUGUCACGAAUACGGGGUCGUGUUGAGGGACCUCAAGCUCCGGAAGUUCGUUUUCGCCGAUGAAGCGAGAACGCGACUUCGUCUGGAGAGUCUCGAGGACGCGGUGAUCGUGGAGAACGACGACGAUAAGCUGACCGACCGGCGCGGCUGUCCAGCAUAUGUCGCGCCGGAAGUGCUGCGCUCCGGACGCGCCUAUUCCGGCAAGGCGGCGGAUAUCUGGUCGCUGGGCGUGUUACUGUACACGAUGCUGGUGGGCCGUUAUCCGUUCAACGACGCCGAGCACGCGUCCCUUUUCGCCAAGAUCUCGCGCGGCCUGUUCGCCGUGCCGGAGGGCCUGAGUCCACGCGCCAAGUGCCUGAUUCGCUCGCUGCUGCGAAAGGAGCCAUCCGAGCGGCCGUACGCCGAGGACGUGUCGCUGCAUCCGUGGCUGUCGAAGCCGUUGCGAUUACACACGCCUACGUCCAGCAGCAGGUCCUCGUGUCAGGAUCAAAUCGUACCAGAACUAUCUAUUGAUCCUCAACAAGACUGACUCUCUCUCUUUCGGGGGAAGAAUCAUUAUUCCGCGCGUGACGGCAUCACUCUGUCUCAUCCUAGUGCUUCUCUCGCGCCGACAGCCGGAUGGAGUCCUCCGGCCGAGAGGAGGGAGUUAGCGCAAUCAAAAGAAGAAAAAAGGCGAGAUGAUUUUCUUUUAACACAUUGGCUGUGCCCGUAGAGCAGUAGCAGAUGAGCGGAUCGGCGAAAAGCGAAACUGUCUUAUCUCUCAAAGAGCUCGAUAAAAAAGUACACGCGAAGGUUCGAAUGAAAUUAACUAUUAUUAAAGGAGCAAUAUUCAAUAAAAAAUUCUAACUUUAAAAGAUUCGUAAAUUGAGAAAAGAAAAAAAAAUAUAUAUAUAUAUAUAUGUGUCAACCAAUCUGUUAACGGCAGCUGAUUUUACACGCUUCGUUCACAGAAGUUUCAGCCGCACAGUCUCCAACUUGGAUCAAAGAAUCGCAUUGAUCCUUGUACCUCGUGGAGGCACAUGCGGCUAAAUACUAAGAAUCCUCUUUUCGCCGGUCGAGGGACGGCCUAGAAUAAGCUUCGAAAAUAGAGCGUACCUAACGUGAGAAGAGUAAUCAUUCUCAAUGGAAUUUUUACAUAGAGGAGAGUAACCAAAGUCUCUAUCCUGAAUACAAUGCCCUGGAUUAUUUUUCUCGUUUAAAGCUAUAGCCUGCGAGUUGAAAGGUCGAAACGAUGUCGAAACCUUGAAUAAGAUGAUAUUAUGUCUCUCCAUUAUAUAAAGAUAAGCUCACUCUAGUCCAGAGACAACUCGCGGUUGAAGCGCCGAACAGAGAAAGUAAUUGAGGGGAUCCUCUGUAAAAUAGCGUCUCGAUUUUGGUCAUUCUCCGCUGGCAAUUUCGGAGGCAACGUGACGCAAGUGAUUAGUCUCUAAAAAAAAGUCUAUCGGCUAUAUAGAAUCUUAGAUUCGAGAAACAUUGCCAUUACCGGUCCAAGAAAUAUUUUGCCUUGUUGCGUACAGACAUAUUCGCGCGCGCGCACGCGCGAAUUCCUUGUGAUAGAAUCUGACAGAUUCUGAGCGAUAUAUGUGAUACGAAAUAUACAGGUUCUUUCAUAAGCGUUAUGCGGUUACUUGCGAUCAUCUGUCUCUGAAGUCCAUGUACAUUAAUUAAUGUAAACGAUCGAAUUUGAUGUUUGUAUUGUGCGUUAGACAUACCCGAGUACAUCCUCGACUUUCUCGUAUUUCGCGUUACGUAUUUACCCGGAUAAUUUUUCACGCUAUAUCGGCGAGUCUGUUAUACACACAAAUAAAGUUAUGUAAAUAUAAGCGAGGGACGUGGAACUUAUCGUAAGUUCAAGUACAACCGGUGAGCUUUGUAUAGUAUAGUGUAUAGUAUAAAGUGAUGAAUAUAUAUAUGAAUGGGAUCAGAGAUUGAGUCGGAUGCAAAGUUAAAAGUUCACGCAGUCAAAAGAGAAAAUACAAUGAUUCAGCGCGAAAAAAUAAAUCGCCUCAUAACGACCAAACAUUUAUUUAGAAUAGGUCGAAUGAAUUUUAACAAAGGAAUUUCUAAUUUUAAAUCCGACUCAUUCUUCCUGCAUGCCCGUUUACCUGUCAUCAUUAUAUCACGGAAUCAAUCAAAUAUAUACUAGGCAAACAUUGAAGGAAGGAAAAUUUCUCGUUUGAGCGCGAUAAAAUUUCAUUCUCCGACCUGAAAACAUUGCCUAAAAAGUUCAAGACUGCUUGGACGUGUGGCCUAUACAAUUAACUUUAUUAGAGAAAACGCAAAAUACGUUGCACCGUGAAUUUCUAACUUAAGAACAAUAAAAGAAUACGCUUCUGGAUUACUCGCACGACAGAGUAUCCAUGAAUAUAUAAAUGUGUUCAUCAAUGGCAAUGUUUUCAGGUAGAAGUAACUCUCUAAUGAAUCAAAGAUUUACUCUCUUCUGAUACAGACCUCUAAAGUCAUCGCUUGCGCGACGUAUAUAUGUACGGCUCACUAGGUUCCGAUUUUAAAAGCAAACGAAGCGAACGAUCGAUAUUUUUUAAGUUUGGGCACAUGAGGCUGCGCGUCCCAUUUUGAGGACUUUUCUCUUGAAUAAGACUCUUCGAUCGCGAUAUAAAACUACGAAUAAUUCUCGACUACUUUCAGUAGACACUUUUGUCAUCGCAAGUCAAUUAUGAGAAUAAAAUUCCAAAGCAGA